AUGAGGAAAGCGUUGCAAAUAAUCGGUUUACUAUCAUUCUUUUUCGCAUGGCGAUCAAGUGACUGUGUGACCUAUAAACUAACUAAUGUGAAAUGUGAAAGUCUAAACCAAUCUUGGGUUACGAUCAAUGAGUGUCGCUUGAAAGCCAUUAGUCGUGAUAAAACGAUUUUCAAUUUCAAUGCAUCCCUGCAUCAGCCGACCAAAGAUAUUGUCAUGGACUGGCAACUGCUGAAAAGGGCAAGUGGCUAUAAGCCAUGGUUGUAUAAGAAAAAAAUCGAUGGCUGCAAAUUCAUGAGAAAACCCUACGAUGCCUUGACCAUACUAUUUUUCAAUAUCUAUAGGCCCUUCUCGAAUAUCAAUCACACUUGUCCAUAUUCUGGAGAUCUGUUGGUCAGGGGCAUGCAUCUUACCACCAAGCUUACUCUUCCCUACCCCAGCGGCGACUAUAUGCUGCAAAUAAAUUGGUUAUUCUAUCGGAAGGUUCAGUUUGUGACCAAUAUUAGCUAUGAAUUUGUGGAAAAUAUUAUUUAG